CUUAAUUGCUUAGAGCCUCGAUAAAUUGCUGAAGCUGGCCUCAAAUUUGCCAUCCUCCUGCCUAAGCCUCCCUAGUCAGUAAGAUUAUAGGUAUUCACUAUCACACCUGAGUAAACCUAAUGUUUUGAAGAAUUGUCCAGACUGGGGAUUUCUUUUUUUCUAGGGUCACCUGUGACCUGAGAAUAAACCUCAUCUUUGGGGUUCUGAGAGUCUAACCUGGGCUACUAAUCAUUUCACACAAGAUGCCUUUCUCAGAACAUUUGAAUUUCUUCUAUGUCAUCAUCAUAAACACAAAUGGUGCCCCAUCAGAUGUGCUCCCUUGUGCAUUCAUUGCACAACCAUUGGUUUGCACAGCAGCCCUGGGCUAAAUUAACCCUUUAGAGCCCCCUCAGUCCAGGGGUCACAGUUCACUGAAGUGGACACCACAGUUGAUAGGCUUUCUGCAACCUGAAGGGGACACUGUUGUGCACACCCACCUUGCUUCCCAGAACCCCAGGAGAAGGACUAGACCAUACUGAUAGUAAGACAGACACAGAUUUGUUUGAAUGACUUUUAAAAUUUGGUUAGUUUUAACUUCAUGACCUCUUAUUUCCCUGUGGAGUCGAGUACAGAGUAGAGGGAUUUGGGAUGACCAAACUAAGGCAGGCACACUCAAGCAGGCUGUAGACAUGACAGCCCUGAACAGUAGGCCUAGUCCUGAGACAUGAAUUAGAAUGUAGUUGGAGGGAGCUAAGGACACUGGGCUAAUAGGAAAGGACUCAGGCUGCUGUCAGGACACACAUUAUCACACACCCGAGGCCAGGACCCUGCUGACGUGACAGCCCUUCACCCUGGCCCCUUACUACCCCCCGCCCCUCUCCCCCGCCUGCUGGCUGCCAACAGGCUCUGCCCUGUAUCUGCCACACCUGUCACUGCCUGUCCUUGUCCCGGCGGGGAGGGGGGCCCAUCAGCCCCUCCUCAGCUGCCCAGCAGAGCAGGCAGUUAGUGGGGAGGGGAGGGAACAUGGAGCGGGGGCCGGUGGUGGGGGCAGGGCCGGGGGCUGGGACCCGAAUCCGGGCACUGCUGGGCUGCCUGGUGAAGGUGCUCCUCUGGGUAGCCUCUGCCUUGCUGUACUUUGGAAGUGAACAGGCUGCCCGCCUUCUGGGAAGCCCCUGCUUACGGCGCCUCUACCAUGCCUGGUUGGCAGCGGUGGUCAUCUUUGGGCCCCUUUUACAGUUCCAUGUCAACUCUCGGACUAUCUUCGCCAGCCACGGCAACUUCUUCAACAUCAAGUUUGUGAAUUCAGCCUGGGGCUGGACAUGCACCUUCCUGGGGGGCUUUGUGCUGCUGGUGGUGUUCCUGGCUACACGGCGAGUGGCAGUGACUGCCAGGCACCUGAGCAGACUGGUGGUGGGGGCAGCAGUGUGGAGGGGGGCCGGCCGGGCCUUCCUGCUCAUCGAGGACCUGACUGGUUCCUGCUUCGAGCCUCUGCCCCAGGGCCUGCUGCUUCACGAGCUACCUGACCGCCGCAGCUGCCUGGCUGCAGGCCACCAGUGGCGGGGCUACACCGUCUCUUCCCACACUUUCCUGCUCACCUUCUGCUGCCUGCUUAUGGCUGAGGAAGCAGCAGUGUUUGCCAAGUACCUGGCCCAUGGGCUGCCUGCUGGCACCCCCCUGCGCCUGGUCUUCCUGCUCAACGUGCUGCUGCUGGGCCUCUGGAACUUCUUGCUGCUCUGUACCGUCAUCUAUUUCCACCAGUACACUCACAAGGUGGUGGGUGCCGCGGUAGGCACCUUUGCCUGGUACCUUACCUAUGGUAGCUGGUAUCAUCAGCCCUGGUCUCCAGGGAGCCCAGGCCAUGGGCUUUUCCCUCACCCCCGCUCUAGCCGCAAGCAUAACUGAAAGAAAUAAAGGCACAUCAGGCCUAGC